AUGGUGCCCCAAGCGAGUCGGUCUGUUCGCGCGUAUGUGGACGCAAGCGAUGAGGAGCGUUUCCGGCUUUUGCAUGCGGUGCUGCGCAAGCUCACGAACGAGUGGGGCUUUUUGCUCGAUGCUGAGUUCAAUCCAGUCCGCCUAUCACUGGCACUACUGCCGACUGGCUCGCUGCAUGCGCACGCAGGCGAAUUUGCGUCGCUGGCCUCGUUAAUCGAGUCAUCGCUGCAGGGCACGUUGGACGACCACUACGACUCGUUUGCGACGGCAAUCACAGUGCAUCACGGUAUGAUAUCGGCGCUUGCCGCGACACGGCGAAAGCUGCAACAUGCGCGUGAUGCACUGGGUGCACGGCGCGCCGACUUUGAGCAAAUGUGGCACCGGCUCGAAAGCGUCAAAGAGGCGAUGCGUGUGCUGGGUCUCCUUGAGCAGCUGCGCGGCGUGCCUGAGGAGCUAGAGUCGCUUAUGACUGCGAAGCAGUUCCUAGACGCGACCCAGCUGCUCAUGCGCUCACUCCGCAUGAUCCAGCGUGCCGACCUGGCCGAGCUUGGCGCUACGGCCGACUUGCGUGCGUAUCUCCGCACACAGGAGCAUGCACUCCUAGAUAUCCUGAUUGAGGAGCUGCAGAGCCACCUGUAUCUGAAGAACUACUGGUGCGAUACGCGGUGGCGCGCCUAUGUACCGGGGCAGGACGACCUGCCGGACGUGGUGCUGGGCGCCGAUGCCCCGGAAAGUACGAGUGCUCCGUCGAAGCUGCUGCCGUUCUUGGGCGCGGUGCGCGCACGUAUUCCGUACCAGGAUCCUGCGCGCAACGAAGCCGAAAUACGCCGCGCGGACGAGGCACGCGAGGCGGAGGCGGACUCCCCUGAAGCGUCUGCGGCGAGCUACGAGGAGGACAGUUUUACGUACAUGAGCAUGUUGCUGGAGUCGCUCAGUCAGCUUGGAAAGAUGGGAUACGCGCUAGACACUCUGGCGCAGCUUGUGCCGAUGGAGCUAUACCAGCUCGUCGACGCCACGAUUGAGGAAGUGCAAGCGCGCCAUGAGGCGCGCACAAGUGGCUCGACAGCUGUGCGGGUCGAGGCCGUGCUGCUUGCGCCGCACGCGACGCAUUCGGUGCUGGACGAUGGGCAUCCACGGCGCUCGUUCUCGCUCCGCGGUGCGCCUCCGCCCCGCAUUCACGCGAGCACCGAGCUGGCGGCGCUCCAGCGCGACACAGAGACGAUGCGCGACUUUUUCUGGACGCUCUUUUCUAAACUCGAGGCGGUGCUUUGUGCGCACCGCGCCGUGCAGGAGGUCGCGGGCGUGCUCAUUGCGCGCGCGAACCCUGACGAUGGGCAUGCCGCGGACCGCGCGAGUGCCGAGACGGGUCCCGCUGCACUCGCGCGCGUCUGGGACGCCGUGCAGCACGAAAUCCAGGCGCUGCUCAUUGAUUACCUGGCUGAGGACGCGGAGCGUGCGCCGACUACGCAGGCCGUUGUUCCGCUGGAUGUGGUGCUGCGGGCGCCGCGGUACGAGCGUGAGCGCAAUACGCUGUUCCGCCUGCGUGUGCCGACGCGGCCCAGUGGCUCGAUCAAGGCGGCCGCCGACGUGGUCGAUGCGGCGCUGCAUGCGAAUGUGCCCGGGCUCGUUGGACAGGACGCGUCGCAGCAGGCGGUGCUAGAGCCGCGCGCGCGCGGCGACGAGCACCUUGGCACGGGUCACCGACGUCUUGUCACGCCGUUUACAUUCACCGCCUCGGUGCUCAUUCCCCCGACGCUCGCAUUUGUGCGUCGCGCGGCGCUAGUCCUUCCCUCGGACGUGGCCACUGGCGGCGACUUUUCCCUGUUCCUCCAAGCGUUUGUGCAAGAGCGCUUUUUGCCGCUGCUAGGCAGCCAGGUGCAGACUCUUGUGCAGAGUCUAUCGCAUGCCCCUGACGCAUUCCAUGCAGAGCCUGGUGCGCGGGUCCGCGCGGCGCGGCCGGUAGUGCGCAGUGCCGUGCAGCUCGUGUCGCUCGUGGACAGCCUGUACUCUAUGAUGCAAGCGGCGCCGUUCCAGCACGCGUCUUACACGCGCCUAGUGAUUCUGGCGUUCCUGGCAUUCUAUGAGGCAUGUAAUGCGCGAUACAAAGCGCUUGUGGCCGAAGACGCCGAGGUGCUAGGUGGCCCAUGCAUGCUGAGUGCUGUUUGGGUCCAGCGCCCCGAGAUGUAUGCGUGCCUUGCUGCGGCGCUGGAGGCGGACCCCACGAGCGUGCGCGCAGCCGACUGUCGGCGCGCCGAGGCGCGCAACGAGCUGCGUCUCGCAGAGGCGUAUGAGAUUCGACGCAGUGACCUCAUCACGUCUCGUAAGCGGUUCCUGGCGCUAGGUGCGCUGCAGCACAGCCUGCACUGGCUCAGCACGCACCUCCAGCAGUUCCGCGUGGGCGACGAACGUGAGGUGGGCGAUGGCUUGCCGCUGCCCGCGACGCCCGCAUUAGCGAGUACGUGGGCGGAUGUGCCGCGCAUGUACACGACGCUCGCGCACACGGUGCUGAUGACGCUGCGUGUGGAACUGCGGCUCAAGACGCUGCAGGCAAUGGCACAGGCGAUGCAGGGCGCGUAUGUGACGGACGUGCACAACCUGGAGCCGGACGUGCACGUGGUCGACCUCAAUACGGAGCUCGCGGCGUGCCACGAAAUGUUCAAGGAGGCCAUGCUGCCUGAGCACCAUGCGUUUGUGUUUGACGGACUUGACGUGCUGAUGGAUGCGCUACUCACGCAAGCGGUGACGCGCCUGCCGGCGAUCAAUCGCUAUGGCGUGACGAAGAUGCUGCGCAACAUCCUGAGUGUGCAGCAGAACCUCAAGAAUAUUGUCGACGAGCCGCGGCGUAUUGACUUGGAGCGCAGUAAGCGCCUUUGGGAGCUCCUCACCAAGGAGCCAGAGCAGUGGCUUGCCGCGCUGCCGACGCCGCCGCCGUACACGGCCGCCGAAUACCUCGCGGUGGUGCGCCUCAGUCUAGGCCUCGAUGACGCGAAGCAGGUCCAGCCGCUCGCCGGCACAACGCAUCAGCCCGUACCGGAAGGGCGCUUUGCCGCAUGUGUCGACCAGUUGCAUCGCGCGUGGCGCGCUGAUCCGUAG